AUGUCCACCCACGACAUUCAAGCAUAUGUUUUCCCCGUUCCCAACGGCAAGAAAAUUACCAUAGCCCUCGAGGAACUCAAUAUCCCCUAUGAUGGACACUUGGUUAACCUUAAAAAGGGUGAACAAUUCAACCCCGAGUUCUUAAAGAUUUCUCCGAACAAUAAAAUUCCUGCGGUGGUAGAUUUGCACCCACCAAAAGAAUUUGGAGAAGGGAGCCUGAGCAUUUUUGAAAGUGCCGCCAUCCUUCGGUACUUGGCGGAAUACAAAGCGGGACCAGGGGCGCCGGAUUUGUAUCCCAAAGAUCCCAGAAAGAGGAUCAAGGUCGAUGAAUGGUUGUCGUGGCAAAUUGCCGGGCUGGGUCCAAUGAUGGGUCAGGCGAUUCACUUCUUGACCUAUGCCCCCGAAAAAGUUCCCUAUGGCAUCGAACGAUUUACGAAAGAAACCGAACGUUUGCUUGGAGUAUUGAACAAGCGUCUUGGCGAAUAUCCUUAUGUUGCCGGGGAAGAAUAUUCAAUUGCCGACAUCGCAUCCUACUCAUUUGUUGUGUCAUGGUCCGAAGCCACAAAGGAAGAUACACCUUACCCGAACGUUAAAGCUUGGUUAGACCGUAUAGGUUCUCGACCGGCAGUGAAACGUGGAGUUGAACGUGCGAAUGCUCUUAUGAGUCAUUCCUGA